UCCAUCAAUCCACUCCGAAUCUCCUUGUUUUGCAGUCUUGCUCUAUCUAGGUUGGGGCCUUGUACAACACUGCUUCAAAUAUAUGUGCCCUUAAGGCAUAGUGUUCAUGGGGAUAAAAAAACUAUGUUGGGUUUCAAGUGGUACCUGAACGUCUAUACCUUGAAUAAAGUUUCCCUUAAGAUUCCACAAGAGAGUCUUCUAUUCUCAUUUUAGAACAGAAUAUAUUUGAUAUAUUGUUCAAUACCAAUGUGGACACAUGGACAAUGCUUUUUCACUAUCAAACUAUGGUGUAAUCUUUAUUUUGUUUCGUCCCACAUGAAUGAAACGGCUCGCUACUUAUUUCCUUUGUUUAUUACCACAUGCAUGUUAAGCACACCAACCAUUCACCAAAAAAAAGCACACCAACCAUUAGACAUGUAUUUCCAUUACUAAUAGUAAGAUCCAAAAGAAUAAUAUCUGCACUCAGUUAUUCAGUGAAUUGCUCUGCGAUUAAAUUGUGCCUCACCAACAUUUCUAUGAGUAUACUAUUUAUACGCCCAUACACAGAGUAAUUGCUAUUUAUUUUUUAAUUUAUUACCACAUUCCUGCUAACGAGUACCAACUUUCAAAAGCACAAAUACAUGAACUAUUUGAUUUCAUUGUCGCUGAGUUGGAAAGAUUUGUUGAGACGGAAGGAGAUGAUGUCCACUUGCCUGUGGGCAGGCAUAGGGAACUGGGUUUCACCUUUCCUUUCGUACUACACCAAACCUUGAUAUCGUUAGGCACCCUCGUUAAGUGGAAAAAGGGAUUUUGCAUCAAUGGAAUGGUAAAAAUCAAAUGAUCGCAGUACAUACUUGGCUGACAGAAUGAUAUACUAAUAACAGUAAAUUUAGGAUUCUUUUAGUAUCCAAAAAAUGGUGGUUCUUAUCCUUUCUUGUCACUUCACGUGUCAUUGAUUUAUUCUCCCAUUGUCCAGAGAAACACUGACUUUGUUAUCCAAUACCAGUGGUUAUGCUCUUGGGUCAAUAUUCAGGAUAAUCACCAUUUAUUUAGCAACUACACCUACAAUAAUGUCAUCCGGUGGAAUCACGUGUUGUUGCUAAUCAGGUCUUCUCCUUGCUUUCUUUUGCGGAAACUCUGUAUUGACAACACUGCCUUACAUUUGGCAGUCUGUGAUUAGUGCCUAUGUUAAUCCAUGAGCAAUUUUCUAAGAUCAGUCUUGCUGUUUUUUUAUGAAAACCAUUGGGGGCAUGUGAGAUCUCUUGGAGCAUUUUUUGUAUCAUUCUUACUGUGAGUAUUUAAUCUUCUGGUCUGUUGCUUUUUAAUAGAUGAUGGACAUUUAAGGCAUGCUGAGAUAAUUUCUCUUUGUAUUGUUCUAGCCCGUGAGUGUAUCUAACGUUGUAGUUUAUUGCUUCUAAGUUUUUGACUGGUUGUUUUGACGAUGUCUUCGACCUAUGUGUCCAGAUUAAAUUUCAGCCCCUCACAACGCAGUUAGUAUUUGCAGGAUCUAAGACGACACAUAUCCCACUUCUGCCCGUCAUGCUAAUUUGGGUGCUUUUUUGGAGGUGUGGGAUUGGGCAGUGCUAUAGCUCUGUUAUUUUCCUUAUCUAUGUGGUUUCUUUGUACUAUUUCAUAGGUUGGGAAGCAGUCAAUGGGUGAUUAUCGAAUGUGUCGGAACUUCCAAGCAAAUGUCUCUCUGUGGCUAAAAUAAAUCUUAUUUCCCCUCAAGUCACUAAACUGCAAUGGGUAGUUGGUCGGUCGCUGUCAAUUGAAUGUGGGAAUUGAAAUGUCUUGCCGUUUUACAAUUCUUGUUUUGCUUCACAAUAUUCUCUGUUAAAUAGACCUGUUAGUAUCUAUGAAACUACUACGCUUGCUUUGCUUUAUGAAUGAACACUUGUCUCCUGCAGUUUUUACCGUGUCUUAUAUUCGAACCACUACGCUCAUCUGGUCUGCCUCUUUUUUCUUUUGCUGAAUUAUACAUGUUGUCAUGCAAAGACAUUAACAAAUAUGAAAGCUUCGAGAGUGCGCGCAAUUUUGCCUCUCAAGAGGCGCCACCUGGUGGCGCCCCAGCCACUAGUAAUUUUGCAAGUAGCGGCGGCUGGACGGACCUCCCAAGCGAUCUCCUUGGCCGCAUCUUGCAACUCCUUGAGCUCCUCGAAGCUCUCGCUGCCGCAGCCGUUUGCACUUCAUGGUGCUCAGCCGCAGCGGCCGCCGGCGUCCCUCGUGGCCUCACGCCGUGGCUCAUUAGCUGGAAACCCGACAACUGCCGGAGCAGCGAGUUCCGGAACCUCAUCGGCACCCGCGAGACCCACAAGGUUAGCUUGCCCACCGGGCGGCGCAACCCCGAGUUGUGUGGAGCCUCGCAUGGAUGGCUCGUCGCGUCGGACGAGCUCUCCAAGAGUGAAUUGCAAAAAACAUUGACACUUCAGGCUGGUUUGCAGAAACCACACAUAUACAAAAUUAUGCCAAAAAGCAUUAAUUUUUUUCAUAAUUUUUUGCAAAAAACACUAGUUGCUCAUUUGGACCGUUUUAAGUGCGUUUAUGACAGGGGGCCGCAUCCGUCGACGUGGCAUCACUGUUCACACGGCAACGCCGUUAGGCGGCGUUACACGCCGUCGGCGCACCGGUUCGAGCCGGGCGGGUCAAACACCCCGAAGCGGUGCAGGCCCACCCCCAGCCCUCACUCUCUCCUGUCCUUCUCCCUCUCUUUGCUCCCGCUCGUUCGCCGCUGCUGUCCCCUCCCACAUCUCCGACCGCCGUCGCCGUCGCGUCGCCAUGGUGUCCUGGUCUGAUGACGACAGCAGCGAGAACUCUCACAAGUACGCCGACUCAGCUUCAGACGAGGGCAUCAUCAAGGUGAGUUGCUUGAGCUCAAGCUAGGGUUAGGGCUGCGAUUUGGGGAUUUUUCUGUUGAGCUUGAUCUGAAGUUUUGUUGUCUUUCCUUUGCACCUCCAAAUCCCUAAGACCAUGGAUGACUCCGAUUUCGAGGGCACUAAACCUGAUGCUUUGUGCAAUGAACUCCCUGCCAGCAGAGAGGCGUGUUGCUUUCCAGGGCAUCCAUACUGGCAGGAGGUUCCUUGCUUGUGCUGUGAAGGUAUAUGCCAAAUCUAUGCUAAUCUGGUCACUGUUUAGUGCUGAUUUUAUAGUUAGCAGAUCUGGUGUGCUAGUUGCUCAGUGAGGUCAUUGUUUAUAUGUGAGCAUGUGCAGAGUAUUGUUAGCAGAUCUGGCAUGUUAGUUAGGUUGCUAAUUAGUUAUGUAUUUUUUGUGAUAGUGGUGGGUUAGUGAGGUCAUUGUUUAUAUGCCAGUAUGUGCAUAGGGUUGGGAGCACUGAUUGAGACUUCUUACUUUAUAGCAUAUGGAUUAGUGAGCACUGUAAUUGUUUAACUCAUUGUGUCAUAUAGCUAGCUCAUACCUGUUUGUUUAACUCAUUCUGUUACUUUAUACCUGUUUGUUACUUUAUAGCAUGUGGAUUAGUGGGCACUUUACACCAUUUGUUACUUUAUAGCAUUGUGUUACUUUAUACCUGUUUAACACUAAUAUUAUAGGAGGGAAGAAACCGUGGGCUAGUUGAAUGGGUUGAUCCAUUUUGGCCAGCUACAAUGGAGAAUGCAUUGACCAAGUUGUGGGAUAAGUAUGAAGAGUGCAGGAGGAGCAAGAUUGAGGACAAUAUGGAAAGCUCAUUUGCUGUUCACAAUCUGACACAACAGAAGAUCAAGCUGCAGGCAAGUUAUGAGAGGUUGGUUGAAGAUGUCAACGGUCUUUUGGAUGCACAGGAGCAGAGGGCUCAGAUGGAGAGAGGUAAGAUGCAAAACAACCUUAAGAGAGCAAGCUGCAGGAGAAGUAUGACAUGCUCAAGAACCUGACAGUUGCUCAAGCCAAUGUCAUCAGGAACAUGAAGUUGAAGCUUGCUGAAGAGAAGAUUAAGUUGCAGGCCCACAUUGAUGAGCUUGAGAAGGUUGUGGAGCAGACCAAGCUAAAGCUGAAUGGGAUCAAGGCCAUCUUAGAUGAAUGUGCAGUAUAAUGUAAUAUGCUGCUUAUUAGUACCACCAGCAUGGUUAUGGGAUGAUGAGUACUAUAAUUAUGGUUAUGUAAUGACUACUAUUAGAUGAAUGAUCUAGUAAUAUCUGAAUUAUGGUUAUGUAAUGUACCUAUUCAGCAUUAAGCAGUAUCGUGUAAUAUGGUACUCAUUAGUUAUGAUUAUGUAUGAAUCUUCCAGUUAUGCUGAAUCUCAUGAUGUUGGUUGGUUUUGUCAAUGCCGAGAGACCCUAGACUCACUUGCUAGUUUAGUCGACGCCGAGUGACCCUAGACUCACUUGGUUGGUUUUGUCGAUGACGAGAGACCCUAGACUCACUUGCUAGUUUUGUCGACGCCGAGUGACCCUAGACUCACUUGGUUGGUUUUGUCGAUGACGAGAGACCCUAGACUCACUUUGGUGGGUUUCUCGACGCCGAUAGACCCUAGACUCACUUUGGUGGGUUUUUCGACGCAGAGUGACCCUAGACACACUUUGGUGGGUUUUUCGACACCGAGUGACCCUAGACUCACUUUGGUAGGUUUUUCGAUGCCGAGUGACCCUAGACCCACUUUGGUGGGUUUUUCGACGCCGAGUGACCCUAGACUCACUUUGGUGGGUUUUUCGACGCCGAGUGACCCUAGACUCACUUUGGUGGGUUUUUCGACGCCGAUAGACCCUAGACCCAUUUUGGUGGGUUUUUUGACGGCGAGUGACCCUAGACUCACUUUGGUGGGUUUUUCAACGCCGAGUGACCCUAGACCCACUUUGGUGGGUUUUUCCACGCCGAGUGACCCUAAACUCACUUUGGUGGGGUUUUCGAUGCCGAGUGACCCUAGACUCACUUUGGUGGGUUUUUCGACGCCGAGUGACCUUAGACUCACUUUGGUGGGUUUUUCGACGCCGAGUGACCCUAGACUCACUUUGGUGGGUUCUUCGAUGCCGAGUGACCCUAGACUCACUUUGAUGGGUUUUUGACGCCGAGUGACCCUAGACUCACUUUGGUGGGUUUUUCGACGCCGAGUGACCCUAGAAUCAUAGUAAGCAUCAUCGCCACCAGAAUCACCAGCAUCACAACCAACAAACUCAGCAUCUAGUCUAUCCAAAGGCAACAUAUAACAUAAACAUCCAAGACAACCAACAUUGCCAGGUUCUCACAUCCAUCCAAGCCAACAUUUAAGAUAAACAUCCAAGUUCUCACAACCAACAAUGGUUCAAAGCCAACAUAGGCAUCAUAUGUUCUGAAAGCCAACAAAGGCAUAAUCUAGUUGAAAGCCAACAAUGACAUCGUAGGUUCUGAAAGCCAACAAAGGCAUAAUCUAGUUCACAGCCAACACAAAGCCAUCACAUGCCAACAAAGACAAAGGCAUCUAGUUCCCAGAAGCAUAGAAGUACUCUUUCAACUUGUAUGAAGAAGUCCUUUUUCUUCCACUCUGUCUUGGAGCUUGAAAAGUUGACAUGUUUCCUGCAGUAGAGGUAGAGGCUAUGCCAGCAUUGGUAGCUUUCUUCCUGGGAGACCUCCUUGGAGGAGUAGCAGGUGUAGUGGCAGCAGGUGUAGCUUUCUUCCCAGGAGACCUCCUUGGAGGAGCAACAUGUGUAGUGGCAGCAGGUGUAGGAGCAGCAGUUGAUGGAG